AGGAGGGGUUGAGGGCAUUCAUCAUCACCACCUCUCUCUCCAACUCUUCUGACAGCGCCCGACACAGAAGCAAAAAGAGAGCACACAGGAUAUGAGUAAAAUAAAUACCUGGACACUUUCUAUCCCCCCGAAGUUGGAUUGAGGUUGAGGCCGAGAUUUAGCAAGGUUGGUUGGAUGUUUCUUUGUGUUACAUGUGAUCCAGGAUAUAGCAGAGAAGAACUACCCUGUUGACCCGUUGGAAGUUGGAUUUCACAACAACAAGAGGCGCUUUUGUUUUGUAACGCCGCUAUUUUGGGAAAACAAUUUGUCCUGUUUUAGAUGUUAGAGGAUCCUUUUCUGGGGACUUUUAGGAUGUCAUCCUCACAGGGUCUGUGAUCUAACACCCAACGCUGUCCGUUUUGGAGGGUUCUGAACGGAUGACAGCCCAGGAGAUGCACCAGAGUGGCAUCUACAGCUACUUCCUCAACAUGUUUGCCUACCAGAUAUGUUGCUGCUGUGGCCCGGCCCCGUGUUCACUGUGCUGCUCCUUCUGCCCCCCGGUGAAGUCAUCGUCCAGCACGAGGAUCAUGUACACACUCUUCCACAUCAUGGCCUGCGCCGUCUCCUGUCUCAUGCUCUCACGCACUGUCUCCGAGGCUGUCCGGGACAAUGUGCCUUUCUUCAACAUGGUGUGUGACCAGGCCCAUGGAGGAGGGCACUGUGAGAUGCUGGUUGGCUACUCAGCGGUCUACAGGGUCUGCUUUGGCACUGCCUGCUUCUACCUGAUGAUGGCGCUGUUCCUCAUCGAUGUCAAGUCCAGCCAGGACUUCAGAGCGCUCAUCCACAAUGGGUUCUGGUUUCUGAAGUUCAUCACCCUGCUUGGGAUGUGUACUGCUGCCUUCUUCAUCCCUACUGAGUCCUUCCUGCAUGCCUGGCACUACGUAGGCGUGGUGGGAGGAUUUGCCUUCAUCCUCAUCCAGCUCAGUCUCAUCACAGCCUUUGCCCACACCUGGAACAAGAACUGGUUAACAGGGGCGGCAGAGGACAAGCGCUGGUACCUGGCGGUGAUGUGUGCCACCCUGUUCUUCUACAGCAUCGCCACCAUGGCCUUCACCUUCAUGUAUAAGUACUACACCCACCCCACCGCCUGCCAGUCCAACAAGGUCCUGCUGUGGACCAACCUGACCCUGUGUGGCAUCAUGUCCUUCAUCGCCGUCACGCCCUGUGUACAGCAGAAACAGCCCCGUUCAGGGCUCCUGCAGGCUUCCAUCAUCAGCUGCUACGUCAUGUAUCUCACCUUGUCUGCCCUGUCCAGCCGGCCCCCAGAGAAAAUGGUGUACCAGGGGGUGAAUAUGACAGUAUGUUACCCCAGUGUGGGUCAGGAUGGCAUCCACAAGGAGACCAACGCGGUGGCCAUUAUAGGAGCUGCCAUCAUGUACUGCUGUGUGCUCUUCGCAUGUAACGAAGCAUCCUACCUAGCAGAGGUUUUUGGCCCUUUCUGGAUGAUCAAAGUUUACCGCUAUGAGUUCCAGAAAGCCACAUGCUGCUUCUGCUGCCCUGACAAAGAGGAAGAGGUGGAGUUUGUGAUUGACGAAGAUAUCAAGGGCUGCCAGAAGGUGAUUCACAACGAGAACCAGAGAGUGGCUUACAGCUACUUCUUCUUCCACUUCGUCUUCUUCCUGGCCUCGCUCUACGUCAUGAUGACCCUAACCAACUGGUUCAGCUAUGAGUCAGCGGUGCUGGAGACCACGUUCACCCAUGGCAGCUGGUCCACGUUCUGGGUGAAGAUGUCGUCGUGUUGGGCAUGCGUGGUACUCUACCUCUGGCUGCUGCUGAGCCCACUCUGCCACUGUGGCUCCGACUCCCACCGCCCGCGACGUUCCCGCAUUAAACGCCGCUCAGCCAACUCCUCCAGUCACGUCAGUGUGAGCGUCUGACCUGUGACCUUUGGGCCAGAGCCUGGCUUCUGGGGGUGGAGAACAGGAUAGGACAGCUAGCAGGAGAAGAUGGACAAUUGCCCCCGCUGUGGUACCCUGAAGGUGGAGGGUGGUUUUGAUGAUGUCCCCUUGCACCCUCAACCGGUCUGCCAUAUUGAGGUCAGAUGUCAGCGGUCAGAGAUGAGAUGUCAUGGGUCAGAGACUCACUCCAGCUAGAAGGACAGACUAACAGACUAACCAGAGGAUUAAUGAUUGAAUCUGAUGUUCCUCACACAGACCACCUGAACCUCCAAACAUGGGACUAACCAGACUGUGCUCUGAAACAGGAACAAAGACCCUAUACAGAAUCACUACAUCCUGCCAUCCAAACUGAUUUCGCAACAUUUCACUAGUUUCACUCGGUAAGUGAAGUAUUCAGUCUGGUUUAACCAGGCUAGAACCACUAUGGACUACUAUGCUGAGACUGCCAAAAGGGAACAAAAAGGAUGAGCUCUCGACUCGCGUACGACGGGAGCUGUAGGGAAAUGUUGGCUGACUUUUUACUCUUUUUGAAUAUUUUAUUUCUUAUAGUAAGGACUGUGUAGCAUUUUUUAAAUUACAACCAGGGGUAGAUUUGUCAGUAGGAUCAUUCCUUUUCUCAGUGGUUUCAACAACUGAAGGUUUACCUGAAUGUUUCGGUGAAAGUUUCCCUGAACGUUUCACACCAUUUCUAAAGGUUUACAUUAAGAUUUUGCACAUUAGUGUGUUCAUACUGUUUGAAUAUGUUCGCUCUGGUGUGGAGCUAAUGUGAAUUAUAAAAUAAAAUAUUACUUAACACUUUCGCCAACAGGUAUAAUGCUAUAUUACUUGUUAUAAGCAUGUAUGAGCCUUUAUAAUGCCUUACAAUAAGGUCUAUUCUGUUUUAUGUUGGCCGAGCAAAUUUCCAACGGACCUAAUGGCUUAUAUAGUCAGGAUCAUUAUGCGUUGAUUACAACACAUUAUAAGGGGUUCAUAGAUGUUCAUGACAAGUAUUUCAAUGCAUUAUAUCUGUCGGCUUUAAGUAAAAUGUUACCAAAUACUCUUAUACCAAUUAUUUAUUUCGCAAUGCCUUUUUAACAUCGUGGGAGUGGUGUAUCCAUUUCUAAAUUGGUUUUUGAAAGGAAAAUGUGGUAAAAUUGUUUUGGCAGUUAAGUUUUACAAGAAACCCCAGCUACAAGACCCUGACAUGUCUGGUUUAAAGGGGCUCUCUGUGAUCUGGGGUGUAUUUGCUAGGAACAGAAUGGAAACAAAUGUGCCGAAACGGGAAGAGACCUACCUGGAAUUUUCCAAUAUGAAAGCUUGUUUUUGUAUUCACAUUUCAAAAUGCUUCGCUACGGAGUGCACUAAUGAAUGCACCCGUGUUUUAGAAGAACCAUUGAGGAUCGAGAGCCACGUUUCUGUGAAGACUUCUCCACAGUUAAUGACCAAUAAUUUGACUCUGUAAAACCUUUGUGUACGAUACUGCAUUUAGGUCCUUUUUUAGCUCAUUUCAUGUUACUAUGAUAGCAGGUGUGUGAAGUUAUUUUUGUAAAUACAUUUUGUAAUGAAACACA